CCUCGAAAUAACAGGGCACCGCAACUAAAGAAGAAUUAUUGUUGUGGCUCUCUCUCUCUCUAUAGAAACAUUGCAGUCCUACUUUUAAAACAGUUAAAUGUGGUACAUACGCUUGUAGUUUUGGGUUGUUAGUUGGAGAAACUGUUUACCAUGCCUCAGGUGUGAUGAGUUUCUGGGGUAAAACCACAGGUAACAGACCCCUAUUUUUCUAAAGGUAAGAGUUGGAGGGAGGAGAAAAUGGGAAUCUCCAGCAAACAAUUUGAGAAAUAAAGAUCAAGAUCUCUAGUUCCCCAUUUUGUCUCAAUUAUUUCAUUCUUUUUCUAUUUCUUGGUGAAGAAACUAUGGCUGGAAUGCUCCCUGGUGUUGAAUGUGCAAGGAGGAGGCGAAUUCAUCAAGCUGGAUCUGAUAAUUCUCAACACCAAAGUAGAGGACUGAGAACCAGGCGUUCUUCCUUUUGCUUAUACCACACGGCCUCCUAUGAGUCCUCUCAUGAUUCACAACGAAUUGGGAACAAACAAGGACUGGAGCUGCCUGAGCACAGUAAACUUACAGUAGAGGUGAAGCAAGCUAAGGCCAGGCUUGAUGAAAAGCUAAGAAUGCACGGCACCUCCAAUGUAAAGAGAGUUGAGGGAAGGGCUAAUAUCAAAGUGACGCUACCAAGAGCAUUUUGGGCCACAAAGGUGAUGUGUGGGACCUCUCUCCAUUUAUUGAAAUGUGACAGCAACGAUAACCAAUCAACUUUCGUUGCCAUUAUUAUUAAAAUAUAUAUGGCCUCCACCAGCUAUGCCUAAGUGGGAUUUGUUUGUUUCCCCCACACGUAAGGGCAACGGUUUGUUUUGUAGUUAGCAAGGGACAUGAGUGGUGAUUUGGAGCCCCUCCUCAUCUACUUAGACCAGAAGGUUUGCGAUGAAAGCCUAGUAGGCCGGCAAUCGGGUCAAGGCCCGAUGUUGGCCAGGGUCCAACUUCUGGAACCGAUGGUUCAGGCUGGGAUCUAGAUGUUUAGACCCGAUAGUUUGGUUGGGUCAAGUCAUGUCUAGGUCCAAAUGCAUCAGGUCUAGGUCCAGGUCCGGGUCUGUUAGGGGCCUAAAUAGGUUAGGCAGGGUCGGACCAUACCCAAUUUGGUGUAUUCUACAAAUUUCAAUACUACAAAACACAAAAUAUAGUUAGGAAAAGAGUCUAUGUUUAAUUGGUUAGUGCUUGACGAUUUGCAACACUACAUCCUAUGCUCAAUUUGUAUCAGGGUAAGGGCUUUCUUCCCACUUAUUCACCC